UUAAUGAUUAAUAUCCAGAAGUUUGUCAAGGUAGUAGAACAUGUUUUGUAAACUAACAUAACAAGAACAGUAUCUUACUCAUUCUGCUAAUGUACGGUGCCGCUAACAUUCAAAUCAAUGCUGCCAUGGAUAACUUACGAAGAAAGACCUAUUCGGAAAGCUUGAAAACAACUUUGAACUGCUACCAACUCAGCAGUGCUGAUAGUUUAAGUGGACCUAGUAGUUAUUCUGCUUUAGCUGCUCAACUGUGGUUUAAGGAAAAUAAACAAUCACCACCGAUUCCACCCCCACCUCUGAUACAAAUACCUUUACUCAUGCCAAAUGAUACAUCAACACAAAGAUCAGAAACUAUUCUAGCAGGAGAACGCAUUUCUUGUUUUAUUGUUGGCGGCGAAAAGCGUCUCUGUUUACCUCAGAUUCUGACCUCAGUUUUGCGAGAAUUCAGCAUCUCUGAGAUCAAUCGAACAUGUGCUGAGUUACACAUUUACUGCAGUAGAUGCUCACCAGAUCAACUUGAAAUAUUAAAAGUUUUAGGAAUUCUUCCAUUUAACACAACCCAAUGUGGCCUUAUUACAAAAACUGAUGCUGAAAGACUGGUUUCUGCCCUUGGUGUGGAAUGUGGUCUAAAUUCGAAACCAGACCUUACCAAGUGUGAUAUCAAAGGAAUACGUGUAUACCAUGAAUGUUUUGGUCGUGGAGACGGAAUUUUUUACCCAGAGUUUUAUUUGUCUCCUGAUUCUCCGUGUGUUUCUUGCUUGGAUUGUCGCAUCUCAUUCUCACCAGCAAGAUUUGUUUCACAUUCCCACAGAGGUUUAGAGAAACAUACUUGUCAUUGGGGAUUUGAUCCUGAAAACUGGAGGAAUUAUUUAUUGGUUCCCAAAGAUAAAGAGUCAGGAAAGCAAAACGAUUUAGAGAAUCUGUUAAAAUCUCUAAAAGCAAAGUUCAACUUCAGUAAUUCCCCAUUCGGGUUUAAUACGCCAAGUUUACAUUCUUCGCUUAAAAGAAAACAACCCGAGUUCGCGGCAUCUCCUGUCAAAAAGAGAAUGAAAGAGGAAAAAGUGGAGGAGUCUCUCUUUCUCUCCCCACCACCACCGAUGUGUUACGGACUGCCGUUUAAUAUGAGAUCCGCUUUUAAACCGUGGCAUUCGGCCCUCGGUCACACAACAACUCAUGUCUCGGAAUUUUCACGUCACCAAGAAGCUCUUACCAACGCCUUGCUUCCAGUUAUCCGUAACCGAAGAUCUUUACCCGACCCUGAAAUAAUGUCGCCAAAGACCUUACAGAAAAAAGAACCAGACAGGAAAAGGAGAAGUGAAUCAGAAGAAGGAAAAAUAAAAGAGAAAUUACGUCAACCCGUAUCACCUGUUACUACAAAAUGUGAAGAUCUCACACCUACAAAACAACCAUCCCCAGAAAAAGAAAGAUCAAAUAAUAUUACGACAUCUUCACCCAAAUGUGUCCAGAAACAUCCGUCAUCAGCGGUUACAACAUCAAGCAACCAACAUGAAGAUUCAAAGCAAUUUGUUUCAUCAAUAGCGGGAAUAAACGACCAGCACACAUCUCCUGUGCAUACGUUGGAUUCUGUUCCUCCUCUUGUUGCGAUGAGCAAUGCUGUGGCUGCAGCAUCUGCUAUGCUAGAACUAUCUUCCUCUGGUCAGCACAGAAAUACCUCAGUGGAUUUGGAAAAAGAAAACAAAUCCAGCCAACACAAUGUCAUUCCUCCCACACCAACUCAACCAUGUGUUGUUCCGUUGGAUGCAACUCGCCAGCACUACAAGUGGUCGUUUGAUUCUUCUUCUCAUAUUCUCAGUGCAUCUGGCACUCAAGACAUACGGAUGCUUCAGUCAUUGUUGGAGAAGGAAUCAGACAAGCAGCUGAUAGUUCAUGAACUUGUAAAGAUGAAAUCACGUUUUGAAGAGAAAUUGGAUAUUCAAGCAAGAGUAAAACGAGAUUUGGAAGCGGAGUUGGAACAAGUUAAAGCUUUAAAAAAGCGAAGAUUAGAAGAAGCAACGGAUGCGAGGAAUGAAAUGCAGCAAGAGAUGGACGCUAUGAGACAUGAGCAUGAUAUGCGAAUACAAGAUGUGAACAAAAUGUUGGCUGACAUAUGGAAACAAGUUGAUGAAUUGAAAAUGAAAUCCACUAAUAGUGAAGAUGAUGUGAAUGUCAUUAAAACUUCGGUUUUGGACACAAUUCAAAAACAAGUUGAAGAUCAAGAAAAAGUUGCUGCUGUGCUUCAUGUUGAGUUACAAACAGAACGGGAAAAACGAAUCCAAGCUGAGGCAAAACUUCAACAAAUGGUUGAUGGAUUGCAUGGAAGACUUCCCUUUCUAAUGGACGGCCAUCUUUCCAACAUGAUCCUUGAUUCUGGUAAGACAUCUCAUGAAAAUAGCUUCAGAAAGCCAUCACUUAAUCUGUGUAAUCGGAAAAGUUUGCAAUCAUUAACAUCAUCAUCCGUGUGCAAGAGAUCGCCCUCCAGUGAAGAAGUGGUUGACGUCACAUAAAAGUUUUCUUGAAUUACAACGUCUUGUUCCUAUGAUAUUAAUUAAAUGUGCCACAAUUAUCUGAAUUCUGCUCCAUGUAAUACGUAGCGCAUAAUUAUUGUUUUGUAUAUCUUUUAACAUUUGCACUGCAAUAUACUGUACAGUAAGAUCAGGGCAGUGUUUUUAUGUUGUUUAAACAGCAACAGCACUGUUUUGCUUUUCUUUUAAAUAUGUACAAAGCAAUAGAUAGCACCAAAUACCUCAUACUCUGUUCUCAGAAUGAAUAAUUUUCUAAUGAGACACAAUCUCCCUUAUUUACUGCCUUUAAUAUUGGGACAACUCUUCAUUAAAGCAGCAAAAAUACUUCUUUAAAAGCUUUCAAUAUUUUAUUGAUUUUAAACGUUGUAUGAUACACACAUCUAGUUCAGUUUGUGUUGUUCCCUGUUGUUCCACCUGUGUUCAUGAUUUUAAAACGAUAAGAAGAAAGUCGUGUACGAACCAAUUUAAUAAGUUGUGCACUGCUUUACUUCUUAGAUCUGUUGGCUGUUAUUAUUUUAACCAAAAAAGUAAUAGAACAUCUAUAGUUUAAAAUGGUUCCUGGUUGCAAUGUGUGCCUUCAACAAUAUUGUUAAAGCAUCAUUUACAUGAUUUGUACAUUCAAACAUUUUUUCUUUCAAUAUUCUAACACUUUGUUUCUGCGAAUUUUCUUAUCACCCUCAUACCUCCAUGUUGUUUUAUUUACAUCUCUUUCACGUUGACAGUUUAUAUCUCUUAUUUUUCCUACUAACCACUUGACGGUCAACUUGAAGCUAUUGUAAUUUUAUUUUAUGAUGGUGUUUUCAGGUGUUUUGUUAGUUUUUCAACCAUGUAUGUUGUAGGCACCUCAUGCAAUACUAUACCUCUUAACAAGAAGUCUUUACCUCCAAGUAGGGAAAGCAUAGAUACAGUAGUUUAGACAAACAUGUUAAAAACACCACCUAUGUAACAGCAAAUUUUGUGCCAUACAACUUGGUGCAACGUUCGCCCCGUAUUAAUACAGUCAUGCCACAUAUGACCAAAAUAAUAUCUUGAGAUGUAAGUUCCUAAAUGUUACAAAUACCUUCAUUUUGUGUCAUAGUGAGUGUUUUAUUUGCCACAGAUUCACUCCAGGUGCUAUGCUAUGGAAUCAGAUUUGAUUUCCAUCAUCUGAAGUAUUUAUUUCCAUACCUCAUUCAAAAACAUCUGUGAUAUAUCAUUGUUAUUUGUUAAUAUAUUACUGCUGAUUACUAAUGUUGUAUGUACGUUGUUUAGAAAACAUGUACUGGACACAACUUAAUUAAAUUCAUCAAUUCUUGAA